GGAAUGUAAAAUAAACUUAAACGUGACGACUGCAAAAUAUGAUGUAAUGGUGGCAGCAUUGUUCCUCUCAGAAUUUUUGUUGUAAUUAUUCAUAAUCUUUACUUAACUGAUCGAAAAUUGUAUAACAAUGUCGCUUAAACAAGGUGUACAGCGAUUAUAUUAUAUGAAAAAAAUAUCUCGAUGGACUGCAGGAACUGGCGCUGAAUUGCCAGAAGAAUACAGAAAGUUCUGGAGAGAAUGGAAGUUGCAAACACCAGCUGCAGUUCAUUAUAUUAAACAGGAAGGAACUUAUGCGAGAAAUGAAGAAACUGAAGAAGUAUAUCCAGUACAAAAUGUACCAAUACCACUAACGUAUCCUAAAGAAUUAGACAAUGGUAUAUGGGGAGGAGAAGCCAUUGUUCAAGGCUUUAAGAAAAAAGGUAUAUUUAAAAGAAGAGUCCCACAUUUUUGGAUACCUACUCUGAAGAAGUCUGUUGUUUAUAGUGAAGUUCUUGACACAUAUAUGAGAGUCAUUGUUACUGAGAGAGCACUCAGAUUAAUUCAUGAAAAUUAUGGAUUUGAUCACUAUUUAUUGAAGACGCCAGCCUGUGAUCUGAGAUCUCUACUUGCUUUGAGGCUGAAACGUCAGAUACUUAUUGCACUAGCAGAUAAAACUUUGUAUCCUAAUGAUCCAAAAAAGCAUACAGAGGUGUAUGCUAAGUAUGAACAGUAUCUUUCAGCUUAUACGAGAGAAGAAAUAGAAUGGUAUGGUUUGACGUUUAAAGAAGCCUGUAUGAAAUGGAUUAAUUUACACAAGACAGAACCACAACCUUUGAAAAUCAAAUAUAGAUCAGAAUUAAUUGCCAAACUUAAAGAGAAUAAAAUAAAAGAAGCUGAAAACGUGGAUAUUGUAUCACCAGAAGAAACUUCUUGGAUAAACAAAUUAAAUCCUUUCUCCAAAAAUACAAAGACCGAAUAGGUAAAUUUUCUUUGUCAUAAAAAAAUGUUUUACACUAUAUUAAUUUCUUAGAUAUUAUAAUCUUUGUUUAAGAUAAUUGUUUAAGACAAUUAUAAAUAUUAAUAUAAUCAAAAAUAAAGGAAAAUUUAUUAGAA